CGCAGAGGCCCGGGCCUUCGGGAGCGGGGGGCGGCAUGGAUCCAGCUGUGCUCCUUCCAGAGGCCGUCCCCGGCCUGGGCAGCAGGGCUGGGGAACACGCGGGGCUGGGAGGCAGGAGUUUUGUGUUCUGACCCUGUCCCCGUCCCUAACCACCUUGUGACCUUGGCCAAGUACUCAUUUCUCUGCUCCGGGCUUUGGUCUUAUGUCUAAAAUGAGGCUAAUAAUCCCGCCCUUCUCAGACCUUUUUUGAGAAAAUCUGAGCUGUUACCAUAGAUUGUCAGAGCCAGGAGGAACUGCCACGUUUUGCAGAGAGCACUGAGGCAUAGAGGCAGAUUGAGGCAGGUGAUGAGCAAUGUCAUCCUCCAGCCUUCCUCACCUGGGAUGCUCAUUGCCUGCCGAUCUUUCCUGACCUCUGGGGUCCUUAAUGCAAACACUGAUUCCUGGAAGAGUCGUACCAAAUAUACCAUUAUGUCAGUGAAGAUGAGAAAGUCAGGGGGCCGAGACCACACAGGUCGCAUCAAAGUGCAUGGUAUUGGUGGAGGCCACAAACAGCGUUACCGGAUGAUUGACUUUCUUCGGUUUCGGCCUGAGCAUGAGGCCGACGCAGGGCCUUUUGAGGAGAAGGUCAUUGACGUCCGCUAUGAUCCCUGUAGGUCUGCAGAUAUUGCCCUUGUUGCUGGGGGUAAUAGGAAACGCUGGAUCAUUGCCACUGAAAACAUGCAAGUGGGAGACAUACUCCUUAAUUCUGACCACAUUGGCCGCAUGGCAGUUGCUGCCCGGGAGGGGGAUGCACAUCCUCUGGGAGCCCUGCCUAUCGGGACUCUGAUCAACAACCUGGAAAGUGAGCCAGGCCGGGGUGCCCAGUAUAUCCGAGCUGCAGGAACCUGUGGUGUGCUUUUGCGGAAGGUCAAUGGGACAGCCAUUGUUCAGUUGCCUUCUAAGAGGCAAAUGCAGGUGCUAGAGACAUGUAUAGCCACAGUGGGCCGGGUGUCAAAUGUGGAUCACAAUAAGCGGGUCAUCGGAAAGGCUGGGCGAAACCGCUGGUUGGGCAAAAGACCCAAUAGUGGACUCUGGCAACGAAAGGGAGGUUGGGCUGGCCGAAAGAUCAAGCCCCUACCCCCUAUGAAGACUUACGUGAAGUUACCUUCUGCUGCUGCCCAGAGCUGACACCCUGAUCUACUUCCCUGCUUCCCAAUAAACUGACUCCCUCUGA